AUGAGGCCUCCACCCCGUCCAGUGAUCCAGAGCGAGACUGGGACACAUGCAUGCAAGCCCACUUCUCACACCGCAUUGACCACUCACACUACCAAUGAGCCUACAACCGAGAAGAACAAUCAGACUACCGACCAGAGAACCACACAAACUGUCAAAAGCAGUAGCCCAUACUGUCCCAACUUUGAUCAGAACCUCACCGAUGGGGGGGUUUACCCUGCUAAUUUCUUGUUUCAAGAUGGUGAAGCAGCCAAAAGACCGGGUAAUUGGGAGCAGAUCAACCAACGACUAGGCGUACGACGACUCUCUCUUUCACCCUCGAGUUUCUCGGAAGCAGAUUUUCAAAAUUUUGCUAAAAACAACGACAAUGCUCACAAGGAGAAGCAAGUAACCACAUCGGUAAUACCAAUUAUCGAGGGCAAGAUCAUCGACCCUGGAUCUGUGUGCGGCGGAAUCCGAUGGACAAAUUUGGAUCCUCUCACAGAUGGAACAAUUGUCCCUGGCAAUCCUGACAUCUAUUACGGCGCCCGUCCCGAACGAUUGGACCGACGCGUCCGGGAUGAGCUGAGGAACUCUAUCAUUCCAUCAAAACAGGAUUCCCUCCCUAUCGUGCCAAAUUUCUUUCUAGCUGUGAAAGGCCCUGAUGGAACUGAGAGAGUUGCGAAUAGCCAGGCUUUGUACGAUGGAGCUUUAGGGGAGAGGGGCAUGAUUCGCCUAUUAUCAUUCGGACAUGAGAAGCCAGUCUUCGACAACAGCGCGCAUACGAUUUCAUCGAUAUACUACCAUGGUUACCUUCAGCUGUUCACCAUCCACGCUGCAUCACCAACUGGUCCUGGUGGCAGACCGGAAUAUUUCAUGCACCGAUUGAGAUCCUUUGCCAUGAACGACUCUCCAGAAACAUUUCGACAGGGAGCCGCUGCCUACAGGAAUGCUCGGGAUUGGGCGAAAGAGCAAAGAGACCAGGCCAUCGAGCAAGCAAACGCGAGGGUAAAUGGCCGUCAAAGCACAAUACUUGGGGUCGAGACCAGUGUCGAGCAGGCGUCGAGCCUCACGUCCGAGCCUAGAUUGGGUGAUGCCAACACCGAGACUCCGAUCCAGGAGACACAACCCCAUCCAACCGAAGAUCUCGAAUCGACUCUCAAUUCUCACAACUCUGCAGUCUCAUCCGGCGAGCUUUCAUCGAGUCAAGGGUCUACCAAACGUUUACACAGACAACCUCUAGAAUAA